AUGGACGCGGAGCUCGAGGCCAACAUCCAGCAGGCGCUGCCCAGCGCGUUGAAGAUGGCGCUGUACGCGGCCAAGAAGCAGCACCUGGAGAUGCUCAAGUUCACGAUCGAAGGUCUGGACUCUCUGUGCAACAACGCGGCGUUCCUAAAGGACCUGGAGGACCAGGAGCACCUGCAGCAGUUGGACGAGACCGCCAAGGAGUUCGCCGUGCUGGAGACGCAGCUGCGGCGUUACAAGGCGCAGCUCGAGAAGAUGGAACCCCUCGUGGAGAGCGGCUGCUUGGACCAGAGCAACAUUGACAAGCUGCUCAAGGACGCGCUGGUCGAGCCCAGGGUCAACGCCAGCAAGCACGAUUUCUACAAGAAGUUCUGCGACCGUGCCGGGAUUGAAUUUGCAGUCGAUGGGGACGAGGACGUGUUCAUCCAGGAGAGCGAGAGCACGAAGAGCACGAUCUGCCCGGUCACGCAGAUGGAGAUGGAGGACCCGCUGCGGAAUCCUACCUGCGGCCACACGUACUCGAAAAAAGGAAUCCAAGCGCAUUUGCAGCGAAGCAAGAAGUGUCCUGUUGCAGGUUGCCCGCAACAAUUGUCGUUUGACAAGUUGGAGCGCGACGUCGAAAUGGAGGUCAUCAUUGAUCGCAGUCGCCACAACUCGGAGCAGCAACGGUCUCAGGCCGCUGCUGCAAGAGAUCAGGACGACGAAGAAGAGGAGGAAUAUGUUGUCGAGUAGUUUUACCGCUGGGUGAAGUGCAAGUGGAAUCCAGUUUGCAGCUCGGUGGGCAAGUCUACGAAAAAAGGUGAGAAUACGGUCAUUAUUCUGUAAAAGGUUGGUCCAAGCUGAGAACUUGCUCAACAAUGGACUUGAGUUUCAUUCCCU